AUGGUUGAUGCGGCUAAGUUGUUCGACACAAUUCCUCAACCAGAUGUUGUUUCUUGUAACAUUAUGAUCUCUGGUUACAAACAGAACCGAUUGUUUGAAGAUUCGUUGAGAUUUUUUUCUAAGAUGCAUUUUUUGGGUUUUGAGGCUAAUGAGAUAAGUUAUGGUUCUGUGCUUUCGGCUUGUACUGCUCUUCAGGCUCCUCUGUUCAGUGAGCUAGUGUGUUGUCAUACAAUAAAGAUGGGUUAUUUCUUGUAUGAAGUUGUUCAAUCGGCUUUAAUAGAUUCGUUCUCAAAAAGUCUCAGAUUUGAGGAUGCUUAUAAAGUUUUCCGUGAGAGUUUAUCUGCUAAUGUGUAUUGUUGGAACACUAUCAUAGCAGGGGCACUUAGAAAUCAAGAUUAUGGUUCUGUUUUUGGUCUUUUCUAUGAAAUGUGCGGUGGGUUUCAGAAACCUGAUAGUUAUACAUAUUCCAGUGUUUUGGCUGCUUGUGCUUCACUUGAGAAGCUUAGGUUUGGAAAAGCAGUUCAAGCUCGUGCGAUUAAAUGCGGAGCAGAAGAUGUAUUUGUUAGUACUGCGAUUGUUGAUUUGUAUGCCAAAUGUGGGCAUAUGGCUGAAGCUAAGGAAGCAUUCUAUGGUAUCCAGAAACCAAGCGUUGUCUCUUGGACAGUUAUGCUGUCUGGUUUCACAAAGAGUAACGAUGCUUUCUCCGCUCUUGAAAUAUUCAAGGAAAUGAGACGUUCAGGUGUUGAUAUUAACAGUUGUACUGUAACCAGUGUAAUUGCUGCUUGUGGGAGACCUUCUAUGGUCUGUGAAGCAAGUCAGAUCCAUGCUUGGGUCUUUAAGAGUGGUUUUUAUCUCGAAUCUUCAGUGGCUGCUUCCUUGAUUAGUAUGUACUCAAAGAGUGGUGAUAUUGAUCUCUCCGAACGGAUUUUUGAGGAUCUGGACGAUAUUAAGAUGCAAAAUAUAGUAAACGUAAUGGUUUCUUCGUUGUCGCAAAAUAAGAAGCCUGGUAAAGCAAUAAGACUGUUUACUAGAAUGCUUCAGGAAGGUUUGAGACCAGAUGAGUUUAGUGUAUGCAAUUUGUUAAGUGUAUUAGAUUUUUUGAAUUUAGUUAAGCAGAUUCACAGUUACACCAUUAAAACUGGGUUGGUCCUUGAUCUCACUGUUGGAAGUUCUCUUUUCACAAUGUACUCAAAGUGUGGUAAUUUGGAAGAAUCUUUUAGCUUAUUCCAGGAGAUACCAGUUAAAGAUAAUGCUUGCUGGGCUUCCAUGAUUUCUGGUUACAAUGAGUACGGUUAUCCAAGAGAAGCUAUUGGACUAUUCGGCGAGAUGUUGGCUGAUGGCACUAACCCUGAUGAGAGUACUUUAGCUGCUGUUCUAACUGUGUGUUCUUCUCUUCCUUCUCUGCCAAGAGGUAAAGAAAUACAUGGAUACGCGUUACGAGCUGGAAUCGACAUGGGAAUGCCUCUUGGUUCUGCACUCGUAAAUACAUAUACAAAGUGUGGCUCACUAAAGUUGGCUAGAAAGGUCUAUGAUAGGCUCCCUGAAAUGGAUCCAGUUUCAUGUUCAUCUUUGAUUUCAGGAUAUUCACAACACGGGUUUAUCCAGGAUGGGUUCCUCCUAUUUCGUGAUAUGGUCAUGUCUGGUUUUACCAUGGACUCAUUCGCAGUUUCAUCCAUUCUUAAAGCCGGUGCUCUCUCAGAAGAAUCUUCUCUGGGAGCACAAGUUCAUGCCUACAUCACAAAAAUUGGAUUGUGCACAGAGCCUUCUGUAGGUAGUUCACUAUUAACAAUGUAUGCGAAAUUUGGAAGCAUUGAGGACUGCUGUAAAGCAUUUAGCCAGAUUAAUGGCCCAGAUCUGAUCGCAUGGACUGCACUGAUUGCAAGUUAUGCUCAACAUGGAAAGGCCAAUGAAGCGUUACAAAUGUACAAUCUUAUGAAAGAAAAAGGAUUCAAGCCUGAUAAAGUGACUUUGUUGGGAGUCUUGUCUGCUUGUAGUCAUGGUGGUUUGGUCGAAGAAGGCUAUUUCCAUCUCAAGUCGAUGGUAAAAGACUAUGGUAUCGAACCUGAUAACCGCCAUUAUGCGUGCAUGGUCGAUGCUCUGGGGAGGUCAGGAAGACUUAGAGAAGCUGAGAGUUUUAUCAACAAUAUGCCUAUUAAAUCGGACGCCUUGGUCUGGGGAACAUUGCUUUCUGCUUGCAGACUUUACGAGGAUGUUGAACUCGGGAAGCUAGCUGCAAAAAAGGCUAUAGAGCUAAAGCCAUCAGACGCUGGAGCUUAUAUUUCACUCUCGAAUAUCCUUGCAGAGGUUGGUGAGUGGGACGAAGUAGAGGAAACUCGAAAGCUGAUGAAAGGAAUAGGUCUACAGAAGGAACCAGGGAGGAGUUCUGUCUGA